UGAAAAUUUGCCUGAAACAGGCCAAAAUGAACAAAUCUCAAAAAGAGCUCAAAUGUUAUGAAAUGAAGACUAGUAAUACAGUUACUGGGAUAGAUGAGACGGUGAGAGAUAGAUUUAAAGCCCUCGCAAAUAUUUCAAAUAUCCUUGCUGAGAUAAGUUCGCAAUAUGAAGCAGAAGCGAAGAGAAUAGAGUUUCAAGCAGAGCAGGCUAAUAAGCCCUUGUAUAGUCUUCGAUCAAUGAUCGUGCAAGGCAAAGAUGUCGAUGGAACAGAGCAUAUGAUUCAGGAGUUUGACCUGAGAUAUGAGGAAGCCAAGAAUAGUAAUUUUGAAGAUAUUAAGGUAAAAGAGUUCAAUAAAGUUGAUGAAAUUAGGGGCCAGAAAGGAAUUCCUAGUUUUUGGCUGAAUGUAAUGAAGCAUAGUACUAUGGCAAGCUCUUUAAUUCUCCGCAAUGAUGAGAAUCUGUUGAAGGAUCUUUAUGAUAUUGAGUAUAUUCCUCAACAAGAGAGUGGAGAUUUUGUAUUAAAGUUUCAUUUUAACCCGAACUCGUACAUGUCAAAUACAGUUCUUACAAAGAGGUACAUUAUGGAAGAUGACUCUAAGAUUAAACAAAUUGACUCUACCAAAAUUUGAUGGAAAGAUGGAAUGGAUCUGACUGAGAAACCAAAACCUUCCGAUACUUCUGAAUAUGAUUAUGACGAGACAGAAUCUUUCUUCAAGUUCUUUAAGUCUAAAGAACCAUGAGAAUUAAAUGAAGAUGAAGGUGAUCUCAAUUCCGAUGAUGAAGCAAAACUUAACACCUUAGAAGAAGAUUAUGAUAUUGCUGUAGAGAUCAAAUCUGAGCUAAUCCCAAACGCACUAGAAUACUAUUUCAACAUUAUUGAUGAAAUAGAUAACGAUAAAGACAACGGCAGUUUCUCACCAGAUGAAUAAUAUUCAACCUUACAAA